CAACCACCAUCACUGUUCUCCACCUCACCUCUCCGCUUGACAAACUCAAAGAGAUCCGCGCCCACUUGUCAAGUGCUUAUCUGGAGUGACAACAUGCCUACCAAGUCCAGCUAUCCCGCGAUUCCCAUCCCAGACACCGACUUGUGGGGGUUUCUGUUCGAACGCAAAGAGAAAGCAUUCCCGGACGACAAAGUCAUCUACCUCGAUCCUUAUACCAAGCGGUCCUACACCUAUGCUCAAGUCAAGUCCACCGCCAUUGAAUUUGGCAAAGGUCUCAAGGCUCUCUGGGACUGGCAAAAAGGCGACGUACUCGCUUUGUACACGCCCAACUGCAUUGAUACCCCAGCCAUAACAUGGGGGUGUCAUUGGGCUGGUGGUGUUCUGAGCCCGGCCAAUCCCGCAUAUACCGUAGAGGAGCUUGCUUUCCAACUCAAAGAUUGCGGCGCAAGAGGCCUUGUAACGCAGCUGCCGUUUAUCAAGAAUGCCCAGGAGGCUGCAACCAAAGUCGGCAUCCCACUUGAUCGUGUCAUUGUGAUUGGCGACCAACGAGACCCGAGUCACAAGGUGAAGCACUUCACUAGCAUCCGCAAUACCUCUGGCGCGUCAAGAUACAGAAGAACCAAGGCCACGAAGCCCGCUGAAGACCUGGCGUUUCUAGUCUACAGUUCCGGUACCACGGGACAUCCCAAAGGAGUCAUGCUGACGCACCGAAACAUUGUCUCAAACACCAUGAUGAUCAGAGCCGGCGAGGGCGGGAAAAUGAGCUGGAAAGGCGGACCAGACGACGAAGGCGACAAGUUACUCGCUUUCCUCCCCUUUUUCCACAUCUACGGCCUCACAUGCCUGAUCCACCAAAGUCUUUACUCGGGCCUCACCCUCAUCGUGAUGCCGCGGUUCGACCUCGAGGACUUCUGCCGCUUCGUUGAAACCUUCAAAGUAACCUUCGCCUACGUAGUCCCCCCCGUAGUCCUCCUUCUAAGCAAACACCCCAUCAUCGACAAAUACAACCUCUCUUCAAUCCGCAUGAUGAACUCGGGCGCGGCGCCUCUAACCAAGGACCUCGUCGACGCCGUCCACCGCCGCCUCGGCAUCCCCAUCAAGCAAGGCUACGGGCUCUCGGAAACAAGCCCCACGACGCACACGCAGCCCUGGGACCACUGGAACACGCACCCGGGCUCCGUUGGCACGUUGCUCCCUUACCAAGAAGCAAAAUACAUGUCCCCCGACGAGCAGGAGCUCCCCGCCGGCACCCCCGGCGAGCUCUGGAUCCGCGGCCCAAACGUCUUCAAGGGCUACCUCAACAACCCCCUCGCUACAUCCCACGCCCUCACCCCCGACGGCUUCUUCAAAACGGGAGAUGUAGGGUAUCAAGACGAUCAGGGCAACUUCUACAUCACCGAUCGCAUCAAGGAACUCAUCAAGUAUAAAGGGUUUCAGGUCCCGCCUGCAGAGCUGGAAGGCCUGCUCGUUGCGCACCCCAAAGUCGACGACGCCGCUGUCAUUGGCGUGUAUGACGGCGAGACGGCGACGGAGCUGCCGCGCGCAUAUGUCGUGUUGAAGCCGGGUGAGCUGGGCGGGAAAGAUGGUCAUGCCGGUCACGGCAACAAGAACGUCGUAGCUACUGAAAUCCAGGAAUGGAUCUCAGCGCGCGUAGCGGGCCACAAGAAGUUGAGGGGCGGAGUCUGGUUCGUCGACGAGAUCCCCAAGUCGGCGAGUGGCAAGAUUCUGAGGAGGGUGUUGAAGGCUGAGGCUGUGGCCAUGGCUAAGGAGGGUUCUUCGAUCAAAGCAAAGCUGUAGUAGUAGUAGGACUUGGAAAGAGAGAUAUACAUAUAUAUAUAUAUAUAGAAAUCUCUUCAUGUUCAUGUUCAUGUUUAUCUUUGAUUUUAUUGUUAUCUUUAGUCUUGCUUUACUUAGUUCUUUUUUCUUUUCUUACUCCUUGCUAUUUUAACUCUUUACUUUCUUUUUUCUUUUUUUUAAAAAAAUAUAUCUUCUUACAACAUAAUUUUUCUAAAGCUAAAAUACAAAAACCUCCUUACGCUGUUAUAAUCAACUACUUAAAAACUUUUAAAAACUUAGAA